GGAAAGCUAUGAUGCUAACGGUUUGAUAGCUUUAUGUGCUGACAGUUUCUCUUCAAUUUGGAUGGGGGAGAAAACGCCUGACUGUUAUUAAGGAAGGGUUUCCAGAGACUGGGAGCACUUUCUGCAAUCAUCAGCCCUCAGGUUGGAUUUGAAGAUGUAGCCAAGAGUGAAGUGGGUCAUCUUUGCAGUUCCUCACCAUUUCCUGACCAGACAUAAUCAGUGACUUCUCACCUCCACCCUUUGCCACCAUAAAUCUGGAGCACUUUGGCCCCUAACUAGGGCUGCCUUGUGCGCUACUCUGCCGUCCUCAGUCAGUCUGUCCCUGGUUGAAGACCCUUCUGUCCUCAGCUAUGCUGUUCUCCCUGAGGGAACUGGUCCAGUGGCUGGGCUUUGCCACCUUUGAACUCUUCCUCCACCUGCUAGCUUUGCUGGUCUUCAGCAUGCUGGUUGCUCUGCGAGCUGACAUGUUCACCCCCACGCUGAGCUGGUGGCUGGUGUUUGUCCCGUUGUUUGCUGCCGAUGGCCUAAGCACCUACUUCACGGCCAUCGUGUCCAUCCGUCUUUACCAGGAGAAUGAGAAGCGUCUCGCAGUGCUGCGGCUCCUCUGGGUGCUGACGGUGCUCAGCCUGAAGCUGGUGUGCGAGGUGCUGCUGUGCCAGAAGCUGGCGGAGCAGGAACAAGCCAGAGACCUGUGGUUUGGCCUCAUCGUCUCGCCGCUGUUCAUCCUGCUGCAGCUACUGAUGAUACGAGCAUGCCGCGUCAACUGAAAAGAGGCAGUUAGUGGUUGUUCACAUCACCGACAUUGCAGGAACAAAGAGCAAUCUUCAUCUGCCACUAGAGAUUUAAAGCAUAACAAGGGUGUCAUUUUUUUUUGGCUCAUUUCUACUUUUUUUUUUUUUUUUUCUACUAAAACAAGCAACAGUUUGUCAUUCACGUCCCCAGCUCUGAAUAAAGUUUGUAUACAUAUGUGUUUCUAAUAGCUAUGAAAUGAACACAAAGUGUCACUGCUUGCCUAAGUUAUAAUGCAGUAUUUCUCUUCCCAGAAGAAUAAAGGCUAUUGUAUAGCAGCAACAUGAUUUUUUUAAUGAGAAUAAUAGGGGGACCACAAACUUUUUGACAUUUAGUAUAAACAUGCAUAACAUUGCUAUAGUAAACUUUUAGUUGAUUUUGAAGACUGAAUGGAAGUUAACUGUAACUAGAAAAUUAUUGUUAUCUAACGAAUAUUAUUCUGAGCCCCUUUACAUCAGGGUGGAUUACUGCUGUUCGUUUUUUUGAUACUUUUAGGAAUACAAAGAGUCAGCAGUAAAUGUGUAUUUGGGACAUGGUGUGCCUUUACAUUGUGCAAUCAAUAUUAGACAAUGAGCCAUGAGGAAAAUGUAUACCAGAGUUAUGUUUUAAUGCACAUGUGCACAAUACACAUGUACAUAUAAUACACAGGUGAAACCUGAAGGCUGCAAUGCCCCAGCCACCUUUUUUUGGGCAACUGUCGUGGGUAACAGAGCUCAAGAGUUGCUGCAGCUUUGAUGCUUUUUUCCCCCCAGAGGAAGACAUUGCUUGCCAGCACAAUUAGGUUAGGUUUAUUAUCACGUGUCUCACUUUGUUGCCUGUUACAAGGAGUGUUGCUCACACAAUCCCCCCUCCCAUUCCCUCAUGUUGCCUAGCUUGUCAAUAUCAUCAGUGAGAAUGGUCUGAACAGCAAGAAGCUGGUUCUGAAACUUGUUGUCAGCUCACAGUCUCACUCCAAUGUAAAAGAACUGAAUGUGAUUUCUGCCAAGCAGUCAGUUGUGUACACACGUCUUCCCUGUAUAUUGCUGUUUAUUUGUACAAUAUGUAAUGUAUUUUGAUCUGAGUUUGAUCUUACCUUGUGUAUGUACUGCAUGUAUUUAAGGACUCAUUUUAAAAAUAAUUCACAAUGUGAAAUUAUGUGUAGUAUGUAUAUCUUGAUUUUGGAAAGAAAUUUACGGAAUCUUAUUUAUGUUUUUAUGUUCUUGUAACUGCACCCCCAUUGUCAUCUGUAUAUACGUGUAAAUAAACCAA